UGUUUGUCGUCGCAGGGCUCUGAUCAUUGAAUUUGACGUUGCAUGGCGAAUUCUUUUGACCACGGAAAAUAAUAUUUUGGAAAUGGAUAAUUUCAAUAAAAAAGAAAUCAUACAGGCAAUUCUAAUUGCCGACAACAAUGUGGAGAAUUUCCGCCCUUUGUCCGACACAAAUUCAACGGCUCUUCUACCUUUGGUGAAUGUUACUAUGCUGGAUUAUGCCCUGGAGGCUUUGAACCGUAGUGGCAUCGAAGAGGUAUUCGUGUUUACCAGUUUGUAUUUACAAAAUGUGAGGGAUCACAUAGAGAAAGGAAUUGCAUCAUUGUAUUCUUGGUCGGUUAAUAUGAAAGUUCAUGUGAUCGGAGGCGAAGGCUGUAGAUGUUUUGGUGAUGCUAUGCGUGAGUUGGAUGCCAAAGCUUUGAUACGUGGUAAUUUUGUGCUUUUGGGAGCCGAUACAGUAACAAAUGCCGAUUUGAGACCCAUAUUUGAACAACACAAAAAAACUGUAAAAUAUGAUAAAGGUGCAGCAGCUACCCUUAUUUUUAAAGAGGCCGAACAUCAUUUAAGAUCUGGUAAUGAAAUUAUGAUUGCAAUGGAUGUUCAAAACAAUCGUUUGCAUCAUCAUCAACGUUUGAGUGUAAAUGAUAAGGAAACUCAUUUCGAUAUACCUUUGGAAGUGUUCAUGCUCAAUUCUCAAGUGGCUUUACUGCAUAAUCUGCUCGAUCCUCAAAUUGCUAUUGGUUCGCCCUCCAUGUUGUCUUUGUUUUCGGAUAAUUUCGAUUUUGAGACACGUGAUGAUUUCGUAAGAGGCAUAUUGAUUAAUGAGGAAAUCUUAGAUAGCCGCAUCUAUGUUUCUCUCCUGCCUCGCGAACAAUAUGCCCGCAAGGUUAACAAUUGGCUGACUUAUCAGAUAGUAAGCAAUGACAUCAUAAAUCGUUGGUCUUAUCCUUUAGUACCCGAUAUGGGUAUUGUGGAUUUGAAACAGCAGUAUAUUUUCCUAAAGAAUAAUAUCUACAAAAGUCCCACGGCCAGUUUGGCUAAAGUAACGUUAGGCGAAAAUGUGGUGGUACACAAGAAUAGUGUAGUAGGAGCCGGCUCAACAUUGACUUGUUCUGUAGUGGGACAAAAUGUUAAAGUUGGACAAAAUUGCCGUAUUGUUAAUGCAUUUCUGUUGGACAAUGUGGUAGUAGAGGAUAAUUGCUGUUUGGAAUUUUGCGUUGUUGGCCAAAAUACAGUGGUGAAAGCCAACACAGAACUGAAAGAAGGCUGUGUAGUGGGAGAGGGUUGUGUGCUGCCUGCUAAAACAAACCUAACAAAAUCUUUGGUUAAAAAUAAAGCAGAAGAUUCUUCUUUAAGAAAACUAGGCGACAAAGCCUUUGUAAUAGACGACAAAGUGGACAACCGAACAAUAUCUGAAAAUGAAGAUGAUCGAGAUAUAUUUACGGUUAAAACAGUCGCACCCAAAAUGAUGAAAUUACCGCUAACACAAGAAGAAAGUGAUUACUUUUCCAGCAGUGAUGAGGAAGAUUCACAACCUUGUUCACCUCUACCCGAUGAUACUAAUAUUUUCCUAUCGGAAGUAGUGGAUUCUUUGUCCAGAGGUUUCCAAGAGAAAUCUAAUCCCGAUUUUCUUAUACUCGAAAUUAACUCCUCACGCUAUGCCUACAAUAUGUCCCUUAAAGAAGUCAAUUUUAAUGUCGUCAAAGCUAUUUUCAGUUUGCCCGCCAUUAAGGAGCCAUCAAAUAACAAUGUUUUAGUGGCGAUUAACGCCGUGUUAAAGCAAUUGGGUCCUGUCAUGACAAACUAUAUUAAAAGUGAAGAUGCUAUGUUGGAUUGCCUGAAAGCUUUAGAGGAUAUUUAUGAAGAAAACGAAUUUGUUCGUGAGAAAAUUUCUCAAAUUGUUCAUUAUUUAUACGAUAAAGACUUUGUAACGGAAGAAGCAGUUUUAUCAUGGUAUGAAGAUUUAGAUGAAGAGGAUCAUGCCACCUUACGUAAAAGUCUGUUUAAACUAAUCGAAUGGCUACAGCAAUCAUCUGAUGAGGAUGAAGAUGAUGAUAGUGAUUAGGUCUAUUCUUUCGUUUAAGUCGUGUUUAUUAUAAUCUACGAAAUGUUUUCUUUUUAAUUUUUUAAUUUAAAAAUUAAAGAAUAAAACAACAGAAAA